UCGUUGUUUUUGCCCUCCUGAGGGUUCGAGGAUAGAUUAGCCGGGGAGGCCGUGGCUGGGCUCGCGCUAGUCCCUUUUAAACAAGCAGAUCGGCGACUCAACCGAGGAGCAUGCGCACUUCCAAUCGUCAGGGCGAGGAUGGGUUUCGGGUGUCAGCUGACUGACUGCUCUGAAGGGGCCUGGGGUGUCUUUUCAACGCAAGUCGAGGGCGCUCCGUGCCGACCGUUUGGACCCCGCCCCUCGCGAUGCUGCGGUGGCUGAUAGGAGGGGGACGCGAGCCGCAAGGAUUGGCUGAGAAAUCUGUGCAGACUUUAGGUGAAGAACAAACGCAAAAUCCCUAUACUGAGCUCCUAGUGCUAAAAGGUCAUCAUGAUAUUGUGCGAUUUCUAGUGCCGGUAGAUGAUUACAGGUUUGCAUCGGCAGGUGAUGAUGGAAUUGUAUGUUUGUGGAAUGCUCAGACUGGAGAUAAACUCUUUGAGCUACAUGCUCACACUCAAAAAAUCACAGCUCUUGCAGCUUUUCCUCUAACUGAUGCAUAUGAAGAAAAAUGUCAUAUGAUUUUGACAGCAGGUGCUGAUAGGGCUGUUAUUGUUUGGGAUUGUGACAAUGGUAGACAAAUUCAUAAAGUGUCCUGCUUUCAUUCUACUGUAAAGUGUUUGACUGUUCUUCAGAGGCUGGAUGUAUGGUUAUCUGGAGGGAGUGAUCUGUGUGUUUGGAACCAAAAAUUAGAUCUCCUGUGUAAGAGUCAUCUUAUUGAUUCAGAUAUCAGUGCAAUGAUUGAAUUGCCAAAAAAUUGCGUGGCAGCAGCUGUUGGCAAAGAAUUGAUAAUUCUUAGACUGAAAACUUCCAAAGAUGGAACUGAAUGGGAUGUCUUUGAAGUGAAACGCCUUCUUGACCAUCAAGAUAAUAUUCUGUCAUUGAUCAGUGUCAGUGAUUUGACUUUUGCAACAGGCUCACAUGUGGGUGAGCUAAUAGUCUGGGAUGCAUUGGACUGGACAAUGCAAGCAUACGAAUGCAACUGGGAUGCAUCUCUUCAUGUGGACCCACAACAAGAAAUAAAAUUAUCACACAGCCAAAAUAAAAUCUCAAUUCAACAUUUAACGUCUGAUGAAGAGUGUGUGUUUGCUGCUGUUGGAAAGGGCAUAUAUGUGUAUAACCUUCAAAUGAAGCGUGUGAUUGCCUUCCAGAGGACUGCUCAUGACUCUGCUGUCCUGCACAUUACAAAAGUUCCAAACAGACAAUUAAUAUCCUGUUCAGAAGAUGGCAGUGUUCGGAUAUGGGAAUUACGAGAAAAGCAACAACUUACAGCUGAGCCUGUUCCAUCAGGUUUUUUUAGUAUGUGGGGAUUUGGAAGGGCGACCAAGCAAGCCAACAACACAGCUAAAAAGGCACCAGAAAGCACCACUAUUUAUUCUUUGGAUCUUACUGGGGAUUUGAUCGGGCACUCAUCAGCUGUGCAGAUGUUCCUGUACUUUGGCGAACAUGGUCUGGCAACAUGCUCUGCUGAUCAUCUCAUUAUUUUGUGGAAAGAUGGAGAACGAGAGUCUAGACUGCGUAGCUUAAUGUUAUUUCAUAAAUUAGAACACAGUGAAGAUUUGCAGCUUAGGAUUUGAAAUGAUUUAAUAGGAGAUAAAUAUACUAAUGAAACAGGAAUUAUUUAUAAUAUUAUCCUAUGCAGGGUUAAUCAGGCCUAAGCUCUUUGAUUUCUCUGCAUGGGAUUCCACUGUUAAAAUUUCAAGUGCUAAAAAUAACUUAAUUGUACAUCUCAACUCCUUAAAACUCUGCUAAUUAUAUAUAGCUUGCUGUCAUUGACUCUGUAGUUGGUGUUAUUAGGCAAGAUUUAUCCCGCUGUAUCAUCUUCUACCAGCAGGUGAAGCCAUUUUUGUUUCAUUUGGCAUAGUCUUACUAAUCCUGUUUCUUGCUUGUUUCAAAUUGGUGCAUUUAUAUAUAUACAUGUAGUUAAUUAAAAGUUUAAUAUCUUUUUA